GAUCGUUCAAUCAUCGCUCAAUCAACGGCUGCGAUGUUGCGAGUUGCAACGCUUCAUCCAGCAGGCCCACUCGCCUCAUUCUGUGACAAGAUGAUAAGGUACGUUCUUCUCACUAGUCUUCUGACCGUUCUCACUCUGGCGGAAAGGAUCCAGAUCGAUUGGUCCAAAGUGCGGCCGAUCGAGGACUUCGACCACUACUGGGAACGUCUGCCUGCCGAGCUCCAAUCCCUCCGCCACUCAUCCCCAACGAACCGUAUCACCAACGGACAGGAAGCAACUCCCGGCCAAUUCCCGUACCAGAUCGUACUGCUGAGUGAGUUUGCCACGGGGACAUCACUCUGCGGUGGAUCGAUACUGACCACCAACUUCGUCCUAACGGCCGCUCACUGUGUUGUGGCCGAGGCAUCAACCCUAGCCCUGGGAGGCAUCGCCAUCAUGGGAGCUCACAAUCGUAUCGUUGAGGAAGAAACGCAACAGCGUAUCCGGUUCGUGUCCGGCGGAAUUCUUCGCCAUCCGUUGUACGUGUCGUCCAGCCUUCGGAACGAUAUUGCCGUGAUUCGUCUAAAUUCUCCGAUGACUUUCACCGAUCGAAUUCAACCCAUCCGCUUGCCGGCCCGUUCGGAUACGCGCCAGUUUGCUGGGUACACUGGAACCAUUUCGGGGUACGGGCGUACCUCAGACUACAGUUGGGCUACUGCGGCUGUGCUCAGGUUCACCAGCAACCCUGUCAUGACCAAUGCGGACUGUAUUGUGCGCUGGAGUGCUGCCACCAUCCAGAGCCAGAACGUGUGUCUUCGAGGGACGGGUGGACGUUCCUCGUGCAACGGUGACUCCGGUGGACCGGUUACGGUGCAGGAUGGCACCAAUGGACCACUGCUGAUCGGUGUGGUGUCGUUCGUGUCUGCGGUGGGUUGUGCCGUCGGUAGACCCUCGGUACACACGCGUGUAUCCUUCUACUCGACAUGGAUCGAGGGCAUCUCCGAUUACGUUAAUAGCCCUUAAGCUUAGUUUUAACUUUACUUUGUCUAAAUAUUUUUACAAAAUUGAAAUACGCUUGUAUUAGAACUCCAACUAAUACAAGGACACAACAUUCCACCUCCAUCCACUUCCAUUCAAGCUGCCCUCUAAUUAGAGCUCAUGUCAAAUUUCAAUUACGAACAAGAAAGCACUUCCAAAACUUCAUACGAUAAGGAUAAGGGCUCCGAGUGUUGCCAGGAGGGACGACGUGCCACGGCCACGGUAAAAAAAAAAAACUAACUUCUCCCUCGUUAAUAAAAAUCUCCUUAGCGUCCUGCCAUGUCCCUUUUGCUCUCGCCACACGAAAGCCUGACAAAUAUGGCUGCCUUCCGGACCGUAGCACUGAAUAGCAAAUACGUCCC